AUGAAGGGCCUUCCGACGCUUCGACCCGCAGCAUCGAGCGCCAUAACAUUGGACGGUGGACCCGCGGGCGCAUUCUCAGAACAACCCUCCGCCAACCGACUCGGGGGCGAGAAAGAGGAGGAAGGAGGAGUGGAACCAGCACAGGAGAACGGACACGGACACGGACAUGGAUCUGCACUCAACAGCAAGGCUCCAGGAUACGAUGCUCCGGCGGGACUCGAGAGAGAAGACGAGGGAAAGCCGACAUGCAUGGUAACGAUGCUGUCCUCGAAGCAGCUCCAGGAAAUUCGAGGCGACCUUGUCGAGCUCGCAAAGGAAAACGCCGAGCUGAAACAUCAGAAGGGUGUUCUCGAGGCAAUGUUGGCCGACGCACAGUUCCAUUGUCGGCUCUACUGGAACUGUGGAGUCGCUUGGGCCCGGGCUGAACUUGAGUGGAUCAAGGAGCGAGAAAUGCUGAAGCGUCGUGUCGAUGAAGGGGAGCAGAUGAGACGGACUACCAGCGACGGUGACAGCCAUUCUCUCGACGGACAGGAGACCAGCCUCGACCAGGGUGGCCAUUGA